AGCCCAGACAAUAAAAUGGCCAAGUCUCAUCAAAUAUGAGAAUUGGGAAACAUCAAGAAUAAGAGCACGAAAGUAUCCCCAAAGAAGGUUUUCUUUGCCGCUGAUGACCAACUGCGGAUCACAUUAAUGGACGAUCACAACAAUCCCAAGAUCCCAAUCGAUUUCAGAACGAGACGAACAAUUAUAAUUCGGGAAAUUGGUUUCUCUGAAGCUCUAAGAUUGUGAAUAGAACCUGGGUGUGUGACCGGGGAAGUACUUGGGUUGCCACAAGAUGAACCAUGACAUAAACCAACGAGAAUCCAUUUAAGAAGUUUUGGUUUACUUUUUGAAUUUCAGAUGUAACGGCUAUGUACAAAAACGCGGGAAGUUUCAUCUCCCGUAGGGUAUCAUAUCCGUGGCCAAAAGCUCUCUUGGCAACUUGCGAAGACUUGAAAUCCAUUACCCAAAUACAUGCCCAUAUGAUCUUGACUGGAAUCUUCAGUAAUGGAUAUUCCAAUGGUCAAUUAAUAGUUUCUUAUGCUCGAGUUGGUGCUGUUGCUACAGCUCGCAGAGUGUUCGAAGAAUCGCCUCAACGAGGAGUGUCCACUUGGAAUGCCUUGAUAAUCGCUUACUCUCGAAAUGAUUCUGCAGCUGAAGUUCUGAAACUUUAUCAACAGAUGAUUUUUGAAGGUGUUAGACCGGAUAGCUCAACUUUCACGAUCACUCUUAAAGCAUGUGCCAACCUGCUGGACUUGAAAAAGGGCGAAGAGAUUCUAUCCCAAGCAACUGGUUUUGGGUACAAGGACGAUGUUUUUGUUGGGUCUUCGGCUCUCAAUCUGUAUGCGAAGUGUGGGAAGAUGGAUGAAGCUCUGAGAGUCUUCAAUGGGAUGCCAAAAAAGGAUCUUGUGUCUUGGACAACAAUGAUUACUGGUUUCUCGCAGAUUGGCCGGCCAGUUGAAGCAGUUGAUAUCUACCGUAGGAUGCAAAUGGAAGAAAUACAAAGUGAUUCCAUCGUGAUGGUUGGUCUGAUUCAGGCAUGUGCAAAUAUUGGGGAUUCGAAUAUGGGUCUUUCUGUUCAUGGCUAUAUGAUCCGCGGAUAUAUUCCAAUGGAUGUUGUAGUUCAAACCAGCCUUGUGGACAUGUAUGCAAAGAAUGGGCUCUUGAAUAUAGCCUCUUGUGUAUUUGAAAAGAUGCCUUACAGAAAUGUGAUUUCCUGGAGUGCAUUGAUAUCUGGUUUUGCACAAAAUGGAUUUGCAGGUGAUGCACUGAAGUUAUUGGUGGAUAUGCAGACUUUUGGUCUGAAACCAGAUUUAAUGUCACUAGUAAGUGCACUGUUGGCAUGUUCACAAGUUGGAUAUUUAAAAUUUGGUAAAUCAAUACAUGGGUAUAUUUUGAGGAGGCUCGAGUUUGAUCGGGUCUCAGGGACUGCAGUGAUUGACAUGUACUCAAAGUGUGGAUCCCUUUCUAGUGCACGCCUCCUCUUCAAUCAGAUAAGUUCAAGGGAUCUGAUCUCUUGGAACGCAAUGAUUGCUAGCUAUGGAAUCCAUGGAUGUGCAGAGGAGGCUCUCUUUCUUUUCCUGCAGAUGAAGGAGACAAAGCUAAGGCCAGACCAUGCGACCUUUGCUUCUCUUUUUUCAGCCUUCAGUCAUUCUGGUAUGGUUGAAGAAGGUCGGUACUGGUUUGAUCUAAUGGUUAGAGAAUUUGAAGUCCAACCCAGUGAAAAGCAUUACGCCUGUAUGGUUGAUCUUUUGGCUCGUGCAGGUCGAGUUGAAGAGGCACAUGGUCUGAUAGAGUCCAUGGUGAUUGAACCUGGGGUUGCUGUUUGGGUUGCCCUCCUUGCAGGUUGCCGUAACCAUGGGAAAUUGGAGCUCGGAGAGAAGGUGGCAAAAAAGGUUCUUCAGCUGAAGCCAGAUGAUCCAGGAAUUUAUGCCUUGGUCUCAAAUAUCUUUGCCGCAGCAAAGAAAUGGGAUGACGUGGCUGUGGUGAGGAAAGUGAUGAAGCGGACCGGAAUGAAGAAGGUACCUGGUUACAGCACAGUACAAGUAAAUGGCAAGCUCCAUGCAUUUCUGAUGGAGGAUCGGAGCCACCCUCAAUAUGAGGAGAUUGCAGCCAUGUUGGAAAAGUUGGAUGAUGAGAUGAGAGCCAUUGGAUAUGUUCCAAAGACUGAGUUUGUGUUGCAUGACCUUGAUGAGGAAGUGAAGGAGAGGAUGUUGUGUAAUCACAGUGAGAGACUGGCCAUUGCUUUUGGACUUCUAAACACCAGACCGGGAACCAGACUGCAAAUAACAAAGAACCUUAGGGUGUGUGGGGAUUGCCAUGAGGCCACAAAGUUCAUUUCCAAGAUUGUUAACAGAGAGAUUAUUGUAAGAGAUGUGAAACGCUUCCAUCACUUCAAGGACGGAGUUUGUUCGUGCCGUGACUACUGGUGAGCCUGUUGACUGCAGAAAUAUUCUUCCUCACACCCGGGUUGCUAAGAUCUCAACGGCAGGGUCUAUUUCUAUGGUAAACAGAAUGUUUGGAAUCAUCUUGACCAGUAUAUCUUUGGUCAAUUCAACCCAAAGAUGGAUGCUAUUUGAGUUGAGGUUCAUGUCAAUCUUACUAGUGCAGUGCAACUGCUAGGGUUAUAGCCUUGAUCCACCUUUUUCCAAGAGUCGGGAUGCCCUGCUACAUAAACAUAGGCACUUGGGCUUGAGGUGUUACAUACACACCUUUGAGGUAACAGGACCAAAUCGGGUUAACUUAAUCUGCUUGCAUGUCUCCUGCAGUUCUGCCCAUGUUGGUAAAAAGUACUGGUAACUGUUGCCCGUGAUAAUUACAAAAAGAGGCUAGUUUGUUUAUGUGUCUGCAUAACUUUGAUAAAUGAAUUGGUGUUGCUUGAGUUUUUUGGUUUAGUAUUUUUCUAGAUGCAUGCUGUUGGGAGUUGAACCAGUAGCUUGGUGGUGCUAAUGAUGUGCGCUUUACAUCUAUGAUCAAGUACAGAUGACAACUUGAGGUGUGUUUGGAUACUGUAUUGGAGGGUGAAAAUAAAAAUUCUGGAUAGAUUUGCAGAGUGAGUGGACAGAUGUGUCAACCUCCCACUCGACUCAUCCAACUUUUGCUGGUUAUCAGGAAUUACAAGCUUUUAGUGUUCGUAAGUCCAUACUGUAAUGCCUUUAAUCUGUUGGGCUAGGGCAUUCUGGUUACAGUCUCCCUUGGUUUAUCACAAUUUUCAUGAAUAUCAGAAGCUGGGAAAGCCUUAUAAGUAAACCCACCCUCUUUUUCAUGGCGGUUAGAGGUGGCUUCAUGAACCAUAUCUCCUUGGUGAACCUUAAUAUUGGAGAAAUUUUGUUUAGUCAUGUUCUCCUUCAGGUUAAUUGGAGAGGAUUUUUCAUACAAAUACAGCUGGAUUUGUGAUUUUUCCAAUGAAACUGGAUAAGAACAGCAGAUUCCAGUAUCAGGUUUUAAGAUUAAGGUGUGUUUUUCUCUCUCUGAUGCUUCUUUGAGAAAUGUUUGGAUAUCUGUGCAUUUUUGGAGUUCUCUUCAAUGCAAAGAGAAAUGGCAAUGCUCCUUUUUCCUCAAUUCUGUACCUGUUUUUUCAGACAUGCUAUGCUUAUUUUAUUUUCUUGGGGGUUGAUGAUUGUUCAACUUCAUGCUUAUUUUAUUU